CUUGCCCAGCCCUCCUGUCGGUGUGGCUCCUAGGGUAUCGAGUGCUCUCUGGGAGUUUUGAUUAAAGCCCAAAUACCUUCAGUCAGAAGGCUGGGCACUGGAAAAGAAGACCGUACAGGGGCCUGGAGUGGCUGAGAGAAGAGGCUAAACACUUACUUAUGGCUGUUUAGUGUAAUUAUCCAUCACAUUUGGGAUUGUGGAAGGGAAGUAAUUUAAAAUCAGUUGAAGUCGCCCAAGUUUUGUUCACUUUUGUGGGCGCCGACCAUGGAGAUGCAAAGGUGGUCCACAAGGUGGAAAACGAAAAGGUGGAUUAUGGAUUCCACUGUAACCGCAUUCAUCACUUUAACCCUGGUUCUGCAGGCUACACAUGUCAGAGCAGCUGAACCGGUGGACGUGCUAAAAGUAUUAGAUUUUCACAAUUCCCCCGAAGGAGUUCGGAAAACAUCAGGAUUUUGCACAAACCGAAGAGCGUCUAAGCCGGACACAGCCUACAGAGUUGGAAAACUGGCCCAAAUCAGUGCUCCCACCAAGCAGUUAUUCCCAGGGGGUGUGUUCCCUGAAGACUUCUCCAUCCUGACCACCCUCAGGCCCAAGGCCGGCAUCCAGUCCUUCCUGCUGUCUGUUUACAGUGAGCAGGGCGUGCAGCAGCUGGGGGUGGAGGUGGGACGCUCACCUGUCUUCCUGUAUGAGGACCAGAGUGGCAAGCCCGCCCCUGAGGACUACCCCCUGUUCCGCUCUCUCAACCUUGCCGACGGAAAGUGGCAUCGUGUGGCCAUCAGUGUGGAGAAGAAGACGGUCACCAUCAUCGUGGACUGUAAACAGAAGAUCACCAAACCCCUCCUCAGGAGUGACCGUGCCUCUAUUAACACCAACGGGAUCACUGUGUUCGGAACCAGGAUCCUUGACGAGGAAGUCUUUCAGGGUGACAUCCAGCAGCUGCUGAUUGUGGCCGAUCCUAAAGCAGCUUAUGACUACUGUGAACACUACAGCCCCGACUGUGAAACUCCCCACGGGCACUCCCUGCAGGCCCAGCAGCCCGAGGACGAGUACACUACUGCUGAUGACUUAGAUUACACUCAGUUCUAUGAUUACUCUGAAGUAGAAGGAGAGACAGAGAAUGUUCCAACAGACGAGUAUGAGGCGGGUAGUGACCCUCAGCUAAACAAUGUAGACGGAGAAUACACUGAGUAUACUGACAGUGAGCUUGACUACGGAACUGUAGAGGGUACUCAAACUCAGUCUCCCAUUGCCACCAGUGGACCAAACGAGGCUGUCGAGGAGGAGAUUGUUGCUGGUGACUAUGUUGUCACUGGAGCCGCCCCACUGAGUCAGGAGCCCACCGGUGCCCCCGAGGCUGGCCUGGACAGUGUGGACCCCGGAGUGGACGAGUAUGACUUUAAGGAGUAUGACCUAGGGGGCGUGUUGGACAAUAAGCAGUAUGAGUAUGGGGUGUAUGAUGAGUAUGGAAAUGUGGCCGCUGAGCUACCCAACCACAUGGAUACUGUUGAAGAAGAGGUGGGGCUGGGGGUUCCCGCGGAAACGGAGGAAUUCACCCAGACUGCAGUGGCUGGUGGUGGGGAGAAAGGAGAGAAGGGCGAACCCGCUGUGAUCGAACCUGGCAUGCUGAUUGAAGGACCUCCUGGACCAGCAGGCCCAGCUGGUCUACCAGGCCCCUCAGGUCUGCAUGGACCCCCUGGUGUUGCUGGAGAUCCUGGUGACAGGGGUCCCGCAGGGCGGGCUGGUCUGGCAGGAGCCGACGGUUUACCAGGUCCUCCUGGUACCAUGCUGAUGCUGCCAUUCCGUUUUGGAGGGGACGGAGAGAAGGGACCCGUGGUGUCUGCUCAGGAGGCCCAAGCCCAGGCCAUCCUCUCCCAGGCUAGACUCGCCAUGAGAGGUCCCUCAGGUCCAAUGGGUCUCACAGGAAGAUCCGGUCCAGUGGGUGUUCCUGGUUCUGCUGGACUUAAAGGUGAUAGUGGAGAUCCUGGUCCUCAGGGCCCCAGGGGAGUCCAAGGGUCUGCAGGACAAAUAGGCAAAUCUGGCAAGAGGGGUCGUGGCGGAGCCGAUGGGGCCCGAGGAAUGCCUGGAGAGUCAGGCUCUAAGGGUGACAGAGGUUUUGAUGGCCUUCCCGGUCUGCCUGGUGAGAAGGGACACAGGGGGGAGACAGGACCACUGGGACCACCUGGAGCCCCUGGAGAGGAUGGACAGAGAGGCGAGGAUGGAGAGAUCGGGCCAAGGGGAUUGGCUGGAGAGAGUGGUCCUAGAGGUCUGCUUGGGCCCCGCGGUCCACCCGGUCCCACUGGACAGCCUGGUGUAGCUGGAGUGGAUGGGCCACACGGUCCCAAAGGAAACAUGGGACCUCAAGGAGAGCCAGGACCUCCGGGUCAGCAGGGGAUCCCAGGGACACAAGGUCUUCCUGGUCCUCAAGGUCCCAUCGGACCGCCUGGUGAAAAAGGACCUCAGGGCAGGUCGGGGUUGGCUGGUUUACCCGGGUCAGAUGGACCUCCUGGUCAUCCUGGUAAAGAGGGCCCACCUGGUGAGAAGGGAGCUUUAGGCCAGUCAGGUCCCCAAGGUCCUAUUGGUUAUCCUGGUCCUCGUGGUGUCAAGGGUGCUGAUGGUGUUCGUGGACUGAAGGGUGGAAAGGGAGAGAAGGGUGAGGACGGUUUCCCUGGGUUCAAGGGAGACAUGGGUCUCAAAGGUGACAGGGGUGAGCUCGGUGUGCUUGGGCCCCGCGGGGAGGACGGACCUGAGGGCCCCAAGGGCCGAGCAGGGCCCAACGGAGAGUCUGGCCCCAUGGGUGCUGCUGGAGAGAAGGGAAAACUGGGUGUUCCAGGAUUACCCGGCUACCCAGGAAGACAAGGUCCAAAGGGUUCCAGCGGCUUCCCGGGCUUCCCAGGGGCCAACGGAGAGAAAGGAGCCAGGGGCGUGGCGGGCAAACCCGGUCCAAGGGGGCAAAGAGGUCCAACGGGUCCACGAGGGGGUCGGGGUGCUAGAGGUCCUACAGGCAAGCCAGGCCCUAAGGGCACGGCGGGCAAUGAUGGUCCACCUGGCCCGCCUGGCGAAAGAGGACCUCAAGGACCCCAGGGCCCCGUCGGGUUCUCAGGACCAAAGGGCCCCCCUGGACCACCUGGAAAGGAUGGGCUGCCCGGCCACCCUGGUCAGCGAGGAGAGACGGGAUUCCAAGGAAAAACAGGUCCACCCGGCCCAGGGGGUGUCGUUGGUCCUCAGGGUCCCACAGGAGAGACCGGUCCCAUCGGUGAGAGAGGCCACCCUGGACCCCCAGGUCCACCCGGAGAGCAGGGUCUUCCCGGCUCUGCUGGCAAAGAGGGAGCCAAGGGAGACCCCGGUCCCCAAGGAGCCUCAGGUAAAGACGGUCCAGCUGGUCUACGAGGAUUCCCAGGAGAGAGAGGUCUUCCCGGCGCGUCGGGUCCAGCUGGUUUGAAGGGAGGAGAAGGACCUCAGGGUCCCUCUGGCCCCGUGGGCUCCCCUGGUGAGAGAGGUGCUGCUGGACCUGCCGGCCCUAUCGGUUUAUCUGGUAGAACUGGCCCUCAGGGGCCCCCAGGACCUGCUGGAGAGAAGGGAGGGCCUGGUGAGAAAGGUCCCCAGGGACCAGCUGGUCGGGACGGAGUCCAAGGUCCAGUGGGUCUGCCUGGUCCCGCCGGACCUCAGGGUCCACCCGGAGAGGACGGUGAUAAGGGAGAGGUUGGAGAGCCAGGUCAGAAGGGAAGCAAAGCAGACAAGGGUGAACAGGGUCCUCCUGGCCCAGCUGGUCUCCAGGGUCCCAUCGGUAACCCAGGACCUGCAGGAGGUGAUGGAGAGCCCGGUCCCAGGGGUCAGCAGGGGAUGUUCGGACAGAAGGGAGACGAAGGAUCCAGAGGUUUCCCCGGGCCCCCUGGUCCCAUUGGUCUGCAGGGUCUUCCUGGACCUCCAGGAGAGAAGGGUGAGAAUGGCGAUGUCGGUCCGAUGGGUCCCCCCGGUCCACCUGGUCCCAGAGGUCCUCAGGGUCCUAGUGGAGCUGAUGGUGCACAAGGUCCUCCUGGUGGUGUGGGUGCCAUGGGAGGCGUGGGUGAGAAGGGUGAAAACGGUGAAGCUGGCAACCCAGGAACCCCUGGAGAGCCCGGAACUGGAGGGCCUAAAGGCGAGAGAGGAGACAAGGGAGAGGCAGGACCACCCGGAGCUGCCGGACCCGCUGGCGCCAAGGGACCCCCUGGAGAUGAUGGACCCAAAGGCAACCCUGGGCCGGUUGGUUUCCCUGGAGACCCUGGUCCACCCGGUGAGGCCGGUGUUGCUGGAACUGAUGGCUCUGCGGGAGAGAAAGGAGAGGAUGGGGAAUCUGGUCAGCCUGGUCCUCCUGGUCCAUCUGGUGAAUCUGGUCCACCUGGUCCUCCCGGCAAGAGAGGCCCCCCAGGAACUGCCGGUGCAGAGGGUAGACAAGGAGAGAAGGGCGCCAAGGGUGAGUCUGGAGCCGAGGGACCCCCAGGUAAAACUGGCCCAGUCGGCCCACAGGGGCCCUCAGGAAAGCCCGGUCCAGAAGGUCUGCGUGGAAUCCCUGGCCCUGUUGGUGAACAAGGACUUCCUGGUUCCUCUGGACAAGACGGCCCACCUGGACCUAUGGGACCCCCUGGUCUCCCAGGUCUGAAGGGUGACCCCGGGACCAAGGGUGAAAAGGGUCAUUCAGGUCUGAUUGGUCUGAUUGGACCCCCUGGCGAGCAGGGAGAGAAGGGAGACCGAGGCUUGCCCGGACCCCAGGGUUCUCCUGGAGGCAAGGGCGACGGUGGUAUUAGUGGCUCUUCAGGUCCUCUCGGUCCUCCUGGUCCUCCAGGCCUGCCUGGUCCUGGAGGUCCUAAGGGAUCUAAGGGUUCAUCGGGUCCUGCUGGUCAGAAGGGAGACACCGGUACGAUCGGUCCACCUGGUCCUCCUGGUCCCCCUGGCGAGGUGAUCCAGCCACUGCCCAUCCAGUCUCCCAAGAAGAACCGCAGACAUGCAGACAUGCAGGCGGACGCGGCGGGCACCAUGAUGGACUACGGAGACGGCAUGGAGGACAUCUUUGGUUCGCUCAACAACCUCAAACAGGACAUUGAGAGGAUGAAGUACCCAAUGGGCACACAGAACAACCCAGCCAGGACCUGCAAAGACCUGCAGCUCGCCCACCCAGAGUUCCCUGAUGGCGAGUACUGGAUAGAUCCUAACCAGGGAUGUUCAGGGGACUCCUUCUCUGUCUACUGUAACUUCACGGCUGGAGGAGAGACCUGUAUCUACCCAGACAGGAAGUCCAGCGGAGUCAGAAUAUCUUCAUGGCCCAAAGAAAUACCAGGGUCGUGGUUCAGUGAAUUUAAGCGGGGUAAACUAUUGUCAUACGUUGACGCAGCCGGCAACACAAUAAACGAGGUUCAGAUGACCUUCCUGAAACUACUGACGGCCUCUGCCAGGCAGAACUUCACCUAUAACUGCCACCAGUCUGUGGUGUGGCACGACGAGACCACCGACAGCUAUGACAAGGCGCUGCGAUUCCUAGGAUCCAACGACGAGGAGAUAUCCUAUGACAACAACCCCUACAUCAGGGCCCUCUCAGACGGAUGCGCGACGAGGAAGGGCUACGGAAAGACUGUGAUAGAGAUUAAUACUCCCAAAAUCGAUCAGGUUCCCAUCAUAGAUGUCAUGUUGUAUGACUUUGGAGAUGCCAGCCAGAAGUUUGGAUUUGAAGUGGGUCCAGUCUGCUUCCUUGGCUAACUAAAAAACAAAAAAACUUGGUGGGGUCAGAAAGAAAGUCAAGACAUUUUGGAUACCACCCAGCCCCCCCACCCUUUUCCAUGCCACAUGCAAGUUUUGAAUAAAAAAAAAAAUGGUGUAGCGAACAUGUCUUGCCAUGUAUGUAUGUAUUACCUAGAAAAAUACUUGUUGCCCUUGUAGGGCUAGAAUCACAUGACUUAAAACUGUUAUGGAGCAAAGGUGAAGGACAUUUGAAGGCGUGGCAGGGUAAGGGUGAACAGGAGAAGAACGAGGGAGGUCGAAAGGAGAGAGACACCUCUUUUCUGGUUUCUCCAGGUGCUGUACAAAAGAAAUGACUACAAUGGUGCUUGUUCAAACAACAAAAUAAAGAGGUGCUAAGAAAGAAGGUGCAUUUUGAUGAUAAAAAAAAAAAACUGUAAUUAUUAUUUUGUACAAUCUGUUUUUUCUGAAUCCACCUUCAAAACUUGCAUGUGUAUCAGAAUCGCAUCUGGCUCUUAAUUUCAAUGUUCGUAAACAAAAUAUAUAUAAGUUAAAGAAAUGAAUAAAAACAGACAGAGAGAAAGAAAUAAUUAUGAUAUUUUGUUGAUGAAUAAAUACUGUGUACCUGUUAUGAAGCAAAUAAAAUUAGUAUUCAAACGAUUCCCUAUUUCUAAUGAUAAUGCAUCCCUUUUGUAUAUAUUGACCAUCCAAAUCUCUAGGUUAUUUGCAGUUUUGCCCUUCAAGACCAUAGGUAAAACAACUGGAAACAUCUCACCAGCACACAUAUAGCAACAUAUCCCACUAAUGUUGUGAUCCUGUGCUUGUAUUAAGCAAUCAUGGAAUUCAUUCUUCUUUUUAUUUAAGUCAAUUUGUUGUUUUGAUUUGUUAAAAAAAAAAAAAUCUGUCCGUUUUUCUUUUUGGUCGUAUACCUCAAACUUUCUUGAUAACCAUAAGAUCCAUGGAUGUUAUGCCCUGUAUAUAUCUUGGUUAAACAAUUAAGUUUAUAUAUUUUGGGUGGGGAAUUUUUUAAGAAAGAAAUACUUAUCGGUUAGACAUCUUCUGUUCAGAUCCUUCUGUGAAUACAAUGAUAAGUCCUUUAGGUGACCCAUUUUUGUAACUAAAAUGAGAAAAUGUUUUAAUGUGCUUUUAAUGGUUCAUUCAAAAUAUUAAAACUGGAUUCUAAACAACAGUGAA